UCAAUCAGGUGGUUGUGUAUUUAAUUAAUUUCGCUGUCAAUAAUUUAUUGCUAGCGGAAUGUGAUUGUCGUGUAUUAUCUGAUCCCUUUAUUUACAAACAUAACUUUAUACAACGUGAUAAAAAUGUGGUGAUAAAGUUCAUAAUAAAUUUGUUUAAGUUCGGAUUGUCGCAUUUUAUUAGUAUUGUUUCAACGGUGAAAGAUGGAUGUUAAAUCUAAGUUUAAUGUGUCUAUUUAGCGUAUCUUUCGUGCCGGAAAUCAAAAGAAAACGAUGUUCUGAAGAUAAAAGCUUUUUCACGUGUUUUAAAUAUAAAUGCAACAAUGUCAAGUGACGAAUCCAGUGUCAGAGUUGCAGUCAGGAUCCGGCCGCAGACUCCUGGCGAGGUUCUCGACGGAUGCGGCAUAUGCGCGCGCGCAGGCGGCGUCGCGGGGGAGGGGGGAGUAGCCCUGGGGUCGGAGCGAGCCUUCACCUUCGACUACGCCUUCGAGCCGUCGGCCUGGCAACAGGAGGUGUACGAGACCUGCGUCAGCAAGCUCGUGGAGUCAGCCCUCGACGGAUACAAUGCCACUGUGCUGGCUUAUGGACAGACUGGCUCCGGCAAGACAUACACGAUGGGCAGCGGUUGGGAGGGAGAGGGCGAUGUCGACGAAGACAAACGAGGCAUCAUCCCCCGCGCGAUCCGCGACCUUUUCUCCGGGGCCGAGCAGAAGGCCGAAGAUGCAAGGAACAAAGGACUGCUGCCUCCCGAAUUCUCUGUGCAAGCGCAGUUCAUCGAGCUGUACAACGAGGACAUAGUCGAUCUGCUGGAUCCAGCCAAGGAUCCUUAUGCUAAGAGUAGUCUAAGAAUAACAGAAGAUGGCUGCGGCGGGGUGAGAAUAGUGGGCGCUUCCACCCGGCCGGUAAGGGGUAUAAAGGAGGCCCUCGGAGCACUCAGAGCUGGUGCACUCGCGAGGACUACAGCGGCCACCAACAUGAACUCGUCAUCGUCCAGGUCCCAUGCCGUGUUCACCCUGAUGAUGAGGCAGAGGAGACUCGCGGCCGAUCACGAUGCUGUAGACAGGGAAACGGACGGGGAAACGCCGGAGCAGUAUGAGACCUUGACGGCCAAAUUCCAUUUUGUAGAUUUGGCGGGCUCAGAGAGAUUGAAGAGGACAGGAGCGACUGGUGAAAGAGCGCGCGAAGGCAUAUCAAUAAACUGCGGGCUGUUAGCGCUGGGAAACGUCAUAUCGGCAUUAGGUGACAAAUCUAAGAGGGUACUCCAUGUUCCUUACCGAGACUCAAAACUGACAAGGCUUCUGCAGGACUCUCUUGGAGGCAACAGUAAUACUGUGAUGAUAGCGUGCGUAUCGCCAAGCGAUCGGGACUUCAUGGAGACGUUGAACACGUUGAAGUACGCGAACAGAGCCCGCAACAUCAAGAACCGGUGUGUUGUCAACCAGGACCUGACCUCCAGGACCAUACACCAGCUGAGGCAGGAAGUUGCCAGGCUGCAGUUGGAGCUGGCUGAGUAUAAACAGGGCAAACGCGUGAUAUCAGAGAACGGCGAAGAAGGUUGGAGCGACGUGGUACAAGAGAACGCGAUACUCAACAGCGAAGUGGAGUCUCUGAGACGGAGAGUGAAAGCGAUGCAGGGCACCAUCGAGCAGCUGUCUGCGAGGAACAGUGAGCUCCUGGCUGAGAAGGCGCUCGGGGCCUGGGCGCCGAAGGACGGCAGUCCUGACGCGUCCGAUUGUUCGCUCACUGCUUUAGUGCAGGGCUACGUGUCUGAAAUCGAAGAUCUACGCGCUCAGCUGAUGGAAGCGAACGCUAUGUACGAGGCGAGCAGGCGCAGGGAGACACAAGUGAGAACCAGGCACGACUCCUCCUUGCUGGACACCUCCUCCAUCAUUGAUGAUGCCAAGAGGGAACUGUACAAGGAAAAAGAGCUUCUGGCGCGCAGCAUGGGAGAAUUGGAGUUCCAGCGUAAAUUGACCGAGAGCUCGACUACCAUAGGGGAGAGGGAACGUGCUGAAGGGGAGAGCGCUGGAGACUCCGACCCCUCUGACUCCGAAGACAGUGACUCUGAAGAUGACGAGGCUAAAGGUCAAAGGCUACUCAGUGCUCAAUUAGCAGCAUUAAGCGAGGACAUAGACACAAAGGCCCGCCUGGUAGAACAGCUGGAGGCUUCGCAGCGCAGGCUGGCUGCACUCAGGACACACUACGAGCAGAGACUAGAUCACCUGCACCAGCAGAUCAAGGCCACUGGGGAAGAGCGAGACAAAGUACUGGCAUCACUCGCUACACAGUCAUCACAGCCCACUGAGAAGUUGAAACGCGUCAAAGACGAAUACGAACGACGCGUGUCGAGCAUGUCCCGGGAGCUGAGGAGACUCCAGGCCGCGCAGCGGGAGCACGCGAGGUUGCAGCGCUCGCAGCAGCAGACGGCGCAGCAGAUACACUGGCUGCGGGGGGAGCUCACCAGCCUGAAGCGGGACAAGGUGAAACUUGUGCAGAGAAUGCGAACCGAAUCGAAAAGACAUGCUCAAGCUGAAGCUGCUCGAGCUAAAGAAGUGGCCCAGUUGCGCAAGGAAUCUCGGAAGAACGCAAAUAUUAUUCGCACAUUGGAAGCUGAAACUAAACUUAAAGAACAGGUGUUGAAACGUAAGCAAGAAGAGGUGUCAUUAUUACGUCGCGGGCACCGGGACAAGCUGAGCCAUCGCGCCGCUGGGAGACUACAUGAGCGUAACAGAGUUAAGGCGCGCGUGUCUGGCCGUGAGCUGUGGGCUCGGGUGGAGUGCUGGCUCUCCCGAGCAUGCGCGGCUCGAACCACGCUCGCCGAGCUCGAGCUCACACUGGAGCACCAGCUCAAGGAACGUGACGCGGUGACGUCAGCGGGCAGCACCGACCACGACUCUAGGGCCAUGCUCGAGUACCUUCGGGGCGCCAUCGCGGAGACGCAGUCGCAGAUCAUGCAGAUUGAGGAGGAGAACGAAGAGAACGAGCUACCCCGGUUGUUGGAGCAGGUGGAGCCCGAGGCGUCUCGCUACGUGCUGUCCCGGCUGUCAGCGCUGGCUCUGCAGCACGCGCAUGACGCGGCGCGCAGCUGCAAGGCGCUCAGAGACACGCAGUGUAGGCUCUCUGAGGUGGAAGGCCAGUUGGAGCAGCAAGCCAGCGCGCUGCGAGCGGGUGUGGGUCAAUCCGGGGAGGGGGGAGGCGAGGAGCAACUUGCUUCGUGGCACAACUCGCCUGCAUUCGCCGCGCUUCUGGCUCAUGUCUCCUCCGGCACCUCCACUAGAUCCGUAUCGCCCGUUGACAGGGUUCGCCGCGGGUCGGUACGUCUGCGAGAUCUGGGCGUGUACAGUCGCGACGAGAACACUGACCCGAUGACGCAGUCCAUGAUUGAACCCACGUCCCCCAAGCCGAUACCGCUCAGUAGAGUACCAAGCGCCCCUGGCAGCCUCAGAGGUCUGACGCCGCUGGCACACAGUGUGACGUCAUCGCCGGUGUCGACUCGCCGCGCCCCUGAGAGUCCGCGGCCUCUUCGACGCCAGCACUCCCUCUCGAAGCCCGCCUCAUUAGAAGCGGGUGGCGUCACCUUGAUGAUGGAGGGAACCCCGCCGGCCUCGCCCAGUGCUGCGCGAAGAGUGAGGGAUGAAGACGUGUUCCAGAGGCUGGCUGGAGUAGCUUCCGAGCAGACGCCCACUGGCAUCGUCAGAGAACUUACAGUUAAGCGUGUAAGCGGCGGAGUGGGAGGUGCGGGCGCAUGGCUGCAGUGCACGCACGUAGCGGAGGGACACGUGGGCGCCGCACUCGCACUAGCGGCCGUGCCCGACGCGCUCUACAGCGGAGGCGUCGAUAGGACGGUCCGUGGCUGGGACUUGCAGGGCGGGCGCGAGGCGUGGCGCGCGUGGUGCGGAGGAGGCGUGGCCGCGCUGAGUGCGGGCCGCGGGCCGCACGCGCGGCUCGUGAUGGCGGCCGCCGGCGCCGCCGUCAGGAUGUUCGACACCAGGAGCAACGUUCCUGUCGCCACCUUGUGGUCAUCGGGGGCGUCGGGCCCGACGGCGUCAGUUCGCGGCGCAGAGUCAUCGAUAACUGCGAUAGCACUGGCGGACCCUAACCGUCUAUAUACGGCCGCUGGCGACAAAUUACGGCUUUGGGACUUACGCAUGUGUGAGUGCGUUUACAAGACGUGGUCGGGACACGCGGCCGCGGUCAUGUGCAUGGCGCGCGUGUCUGCGGCGGACGGCGGCGACCGCCUGGCCACCGGCUCCAGGGAUCAUUGUGUCAGAGUCCUCGACAUUAUGCACUCUAAUGGUGCAUGGGAGGCCAACAGCAGGCGCCUCCUAGAGCCCCCGCACUACGACGGAGUUCAAGCACUGGUCCUGAGGAAUAGUACAGGAGGCGGGCAACUGUUGUAUAGCGCGUCUAGAGACUCCAGCCUUAAGUGUUGGAGGCUCGCGGACAAUACGCUCGCUCAUAGCGUAAUGAACGCGCACAAGGGCUGGGUGACGGGCGUCUGCGGCGUGGGGGGCGUGGACAACGCGGGCGGCUGGGUGGCGAGCUGCGGCCGCGACCAGUCGCUGCGUCUGUGGAGCACGGCGCUGCGACCGGCCGCGACCCCGGCCGCGCUGGCGGAGCAGCCGCAAGCUCUGGCCGCCUGCGAGCACACGUCGCGCCUGUACACCGCCGGCAGCGGCGGCGAAGUGCGCGUCUGGAGAGUGCUGCUCGACUCGUGAGCCACACACACACACGCCCACUCUCUCUCUCUCCCUCACACACACACACACACACAAACGCUUAUUUCGCGACUCUAAAUAAUGCUUCAUAUAUACGUUAGAAAGUAUAAUUAUUUAAUGCAAAUAUCGAUUUGUUCUGCUGAAUAACGAAAUGUUAAACCAUUAGUGUAAGUGUUGCCAACCAAAUUGUUUAAUAGAAUAUAUUAUUAAAAAUUGCGAUAAGAGGUGUUUAUAUAUUGUUUACAGUUCUGGAAGGCAAUAUUAUGGUAUUCAUGUAAUAGAUCAAAGACAACUCUGACUUACGUUGGCUAUCUUCAGAGAACAAAUAAUUAAAUGGUACAUUUAUAGUGAAUAAAAAUUACAUGACUAGCUAACAUUAACUAUAAUAUGGCGUCCUGCGUUUUUGUCAAAUAAAAAAUGGUAAAUAAAAAUGCAUUUUUGUGACACAUAAGUGACUGCACUUAAUCGACAACGAUUGAAUAUUUUUGUGGGUUAUUAUCAAAUUACGAUUGAAUUGAGACUUUUUCAAAAAUGGGUGUAAUAUUCGUUUGUUUCAUCUAAGGUUUGAUGAUGUCGGUUAAUAAAUAAAUAAUAGUUAAAUAAUUUGUUACCUCUUUGUAAAGGCUGAAUAAGGUUUACUAUUCUAAGUACAACAGUACACACACAUGAUACCAUACAUAUUGUCAUCAAAUAUCUCCGUAACGGCCGCGUCCGCUGUUGGCGUAUCAACUUGAGAUGACAGCCGGAGAAUGCGGGCGCGAGCGAGCGUCGCAGAGACUCCGUACAUGUCAAUAUGUCACGAACGAAGCGGGCUUGGCGGUGACAUAAAUCGCAUUGGAUUGGACAUUCGCUUCUCUUUGUUGCUGCUGGACUGUGAUAUACAAAUGUGGCUGAAUGUGGCAAGAAAUUAAUUUGCCUAUUUAGUUUAUUGGUACUGUUUUAUAGCCAAUGCAACUAAAAAUUAUAACCUUUAUUACUUACUAGAUAUUAUCAUAAACUUGAUUAAUUUAUCGUUUCGUAUUUUAACUAAUGUGACAAGCUUGUUUAAAUGAAAGACAAUAAUAUUUAAUCGAAAUAAUAAUCAGAUAAUCGCGUAUAUUUAAAAAUAAUCUUAUUAAAUAUUCUUAUUAGAUAAUGAG